CUUGGAGAAGACGCACGCUUUCUGAUUGCUUUUUUUCUGAAUGAUUUCCCUAAUUUUUUCAUCGCAGACAAAUUUCAUCCGAUUUCACGCUGUGUUGGAGAGAUUUUUUUUAUGUGAUGCCGCAGGAAAAAGCUUCUCAACAUCUGCGAAAAGCAACAAAAAUAAGUUUGACAGCUACCGUUAGAAAUUCAUUACAGUAGUUCUGCUUUCUUACAGACGCGCAAUUCAUACUCUGACAAUAACCCACAUUAUGGAUAUGGCCUCUGGUUGGUUCGCCUGGUUAUCUUCCACACAUACCUAAUCUUAACUUUCUGAAUAGAAUUAUCACGCAACAGGCUUUAUAUACUGUAGCUGCAAAACUGAAAAUGAACACAACGGAUCUGCUCUGCAAGUACGACGAGCAAGUCAAUCAGACCAACUGCUCCUACACGAACAAGACUACACUGAGGGACACUACGAUGGAUCUAACCUCUUUGAUGCACGUUUUCCCCUCUGUCUAUGGCAUUCUCUGCACAAUAGGGGUCAUUUCAAACAGUUUGGUGAUCUAUGCUGUGGCUACCUGCAAGAAAAAAAUGGUCUCCGAUAUUUAUGUGCUGAAUCUGGCAAUUGCUGACAUGCUGUUUUUGUUGGGGAUGCCCUUCACUAUUCACCAGCUUGUCAGAGACCGACACUGGGUCUUCGGGAAUUUCAUGUGCAAAGCAGUGACUGUCGUGGAUGUGAGCAAUCAGUUCACCACAGUGUGGAUUGUAACAGUAUUGUGUAUAGACAGAUAUGUAGCCAUCGUCCAUCCCACCCUGGAGAAAAGGACCAUCCAGUGGACAAUAAUUAUCAAUGUUCUUGUGUGGAUGGGCAGCUUCCUGCUCACUGUUCCGGUCAUGCUGUACUCCAGAACUGUGCGCAUGAGAGACGUGGAGGUGUGCAUUCUGGAUCUCCCUUCAGGCCACAAAGACAUAUACUGGUACACUCUGUACCAGUCGAUCAUGGGCUUCAUCAUCCCACUCAUCAUCAUCAGCACCUUCUAUUCGCUCACCCUCUACCACGUGUUCCGGUCCAUUCGCAGGGUGCGAAGGAAGCAGUCCCUGUGGGCCAAGCGGGCCACCAAGACGGUGAUCAUGGUCAUCGCCGUGUUCCUCGUGUGCUGGUCACCCUACCACGUCAUCCAGGUGAUAAACCUGAACAUCGCGUCGCCCACCAUCUCCUUCCUCUACGCCUACCACAUCAGCAUCUGCCUGAGCUACGCCCACAGCUGCAUCAACCCCAUCAUGCUGCUCCUCUUUGCAAAGAACUAUCAGGAGCGCCUGUGCAGGAAGAAGCAGUCCGCGACCAGCCACCAGAGCUCGUCCAAGCAAACCGUGGUCAAGACCGAUGGAGGCUCCACUGCCAUAGGGGAUACAAACUAUCGCUGCACCGUUAUUUAGAUGGAAGAAACCAUUGCUUAGCAUGUCUCAUGCCAUUGAAUGGACUGUAAAUGCUGGUCCCGGUAGGGGCUCCAGCCAAACUGUGGUGUCAAUGGAAGACCACUGAAAUUCAGGUUAAAGAACACAAGAGGCAAUUCAUCUAUUGAUGAGCAUCUAGUGCCACAGGGCUUCAAUUGCUAGCCUUCAGACAAUGCAUCUUCUAUUGCAUUUAUUUUCUUAUUUAAGGAAAAAAUUAUAGCCUGUCACUGUUACAAGCCAACAUACAACAACGGUGAAGAGCUAAGGAACAUUUGCGUUUACAUUCAGUCCAUUGCAGGCCUGACAUCCAAUUUUCUAGAGCUGGAAAAUAUAUUUGGGGUGAAGGUAUUUUUUUAUUGAAAUUUCAGGUGUUUGUAUUGACUGUUCUGCUUUUAAUUAUUAUUUUUAUUCAAAUUUAAAACCUGUGUUUUUAGAAUGUGUGAAUUAUUUGGUCUUUUUUUGGUUCAGGUUAAAAACUAAAUAACAGGUUAAAAUAAUUAAAUACAUACCAAAAACUACUUGCACAACACUGCCAUUAAUUACAGACCUGAAAUGUAGAAAAAUGUUCCUUAUGGCGAAUUAAGAGCGGUCUUAUCUUUAGAAUAUUUUGGGAAGAGUGACAUUUUCUUAAUUGUGCCGUUAAUGUUCCAAUUGUCCCUUCAAAAUAAACAAAUUAAAAUCUCAUCAUCCAUGUCUCAAAUUUCUUGCUUGAUUUGCAAUUCUUUGGUAAUGUUUUCACCUACUACAACACAUAUUUUAAUAUUUAAAUAUGCUAAUAUUUCUAUCUGCAGCAUCAUGUUGUGUACAUUUAGUAGGCUCACGAAUUUACUCAUGAUAAUGCUUUCAUGAACUUAAAAUAUGGUGAAUUAAACAAGAAAAGUGAGACUCAAGCAAUCAUAUUAUUGCUCAUUUCUUUUGCUUGGGGAGAGGAGGUUUUAGUUGGGUUUACCACUCUAAAAAUUGAACAAAAACUAGAUCAAACAAAUGUUUGAAUUUUUUUUACUGAUUGUGUAAAAUAUUUUAAUGCAUAAUAGUAGUAGUGUGUUCAAUCAACAUAUGCAUGUGGUAAAAACUAUGUUUCAUCAAAGUUAAGGCUAAUAGGAAGUUGCUGGAUAUUGUACAAUGCUUUAUAAGUAUUUAUGCAUACGUACAUUAUAUGCAUGUGUAGAGGUAUGUUUGUAAGAAGGAAUUGUGUUUCAAGUGUAUACUCUGCAGUUGAAUUGCUAGAUUAAGUAGGAUAGUAUCUGACACAACACAAAUUUGCUUCAUAAUCAUAUAAACUGUGUAUGUGAUACAGGCUAUGAUAGUAAGUGCUGCUUUUUAUAAUUAAUGCUACUCUUGAAUUGUAUAUCAGCAUAUUUAUGGUUAUAUGUUUUGAGCUCUGUGAAUAGCUCAUUCUUAUGACAUUUUAAAUACAUGGAUUAAUGAAUCAUGUCACAUUUACUAUUUCUAAGAAACCUACAAAAGAUUUUCCAUUAGAUUUUUAUAGUACCGUAUGUGUAUUUUUCCUGUUUCACUAUUCAAACAGAUAAAAAAAAAACAUACAGAUCUACAAAAGCAAACACACACCCAGGGCCAUGAAGUAUUUUUGUAAGUGUUUUGUAAUAUCUUCUCCCAAAAAAAAUGUUAAAAUUUACUUUUUUAGAAAAAAGCAAUAGUAUCCAAAAACUUUUCCUAGGUUUUUUGUGUGUGGUAACCCUUUUCAGCUUGAUAAUGGACAGUUACUUUUUACAAUUCCACUUAAAUAAUUUGAUUUUGACUUGUGUUCAACAUUUUUUUUUUCAUGUAAAGAAACAUUCUGUCUUUCUUGCUUUGCAGAUUCAAAUAUUGUUAUAUGUCUGUAUAUGGUAACAAUUUGUGAAGGAAGUUGUUAACUUGAUAUUUGUGUUCCCUUAUGUAAUAUUGCUUUUAUGACUUUGCAGUAUUUUUGGAUUAUUAUUGAAUUGUGUUUCAAUGACGACAUUAUUAUAAUGAGAGUCUAGUUAUAAUGCUUAUGUGUAAUGAUGUUUUUGGCAAACGAUUUAAACAAAUUUGUGUGAAAAAAUGUGUUCUGUUCCACUUUAAUUAAAAUGAGAUCAUGUAGGGAUUUGAAAUUGGGAAGGAGGUUAAAAUAACUCAAAAAAUGUGUGAUGCAAAAUGUAAAAAUUAAAUGUCUUAGUCAAUUGUACACAGAAAUUUUGUUACAAAUUGGCAGUGGGCAGAAGGUGUGGAUAUCCUACAUAUGGCCUGAUUUUUUCAAACAUCUAUAUUGAAAACUGUGUUAAGGACUCUGUAAUUCAAAAGACGCAUUAAAGCACAAAAGAAAAAUAUUCGCCAUU